AUGUAUUCCUUGUCGAUUCUAGUUGGCGCUUUAGGGUUGCUUCUCAACUUGGUGGUUGCUAUCGAUGUAGACUGGACAAGUGAUUCCUCGAUUAAGUCGGCUGCUAGUACGAUUGCUUAUGGCCUUGUCAAAUAUUAUACAGGAAAUAAUACGGGUGAUGUCCCUGGAAACUUACCUGAUCCAUACUAUUGGUGGGAGGCGGGCGCCAUGUUUGGAACCUUGAUAGACUAUGCAUCUUUCACGGGCGACAAGACGUAUAACGACAUCACAUUCCAAGCUCUCCAACAUCAGGUCGGAGAUGACGCGGACUUCAUGCCUUCGAACCAGACAAAGUCCGAAGGCAACGACGAUCAGGGGUUUUGGGCCAUGGCAGCAAUGACCGCCGCCGAGACGAACUUCACAAACCCAGAUCCGGAUCAACCGCAGUGGCUAGCAUUGGUCCAAGCCGUAUACAACGAGUACGUCAGGCGGUGGGAGCCCGACACAUGCGGCGGUGGAAUGCGUUGGCAAAUAUACACGUUCAACAACGGUUACAACUACAAGAACUCCGUCGCCAACGGAUGCUUCUUCAACAUCGCCGCGCGCCUAGCCAAAUACACCGCCAACGAGACGUAUGCCGAGUGGGCGAAUAAGAUUUUCGAAUGGGAGCAGUCGGUCGGUUUCAUCAACGAGAACUACAACGUGCUAGACGGCGCCGGAAACGCAGGCAGUGACAACUGCACGGAGUUAAACGGGGCCCAAUUCACUUACAACGCGGGUUUAUUCCUAUGUAACGGUGCCGCAGCCAUGUAUAACCACACCGGCGGCGCCGAGCCGUGGAAGACACGCCUAGAGGGACAAGUCAAGUCCAUAGCGAGUAUAUUCUUCGAUGAUGGAGUCAUGUGGGAGCCCAGCUGCGAGAACACGCCUGCGAAGUGCAAUACAGACCAGCAGGCUUUCAAAGGACAUCUAAGCCGCUGGAUGGCUCUAACCACGGUCAUCGCCCCUUUCACGUCCGACACCAUCACGCCCCUGCUUAAAUCGUCGGCCCAAGCCGCUGCCAAGCAAUGUUCCGGCCCCGCAUCGUCGGAUUACAAGGGCCCCGCGGGGACGGCGUGCGGGUUCAGCUGGCUACAACAAGCCACCUACGACGGCAUCAGCGGGGUCGGCGAGCAGAUGAAUGCGCUCCAGGCGGUUAUGGCGCCUCUCGUCCAUCUUGCGCAGGCCCCUUAUACGUCGGAGACCGGAGGCUCGUCCCAGGGCAAUCCGAAUGCCGGUGCCUCCGAUUCCGACAAGAUCGCGCAGCCGAGGCCUAUCACGGCUGGGGAUAGGGCCGGAGCUGGAAUACUGACGACCCUUGCUCUUGGUGGGUUAUUAAGCGGUAUGUGGUUUGUGUUGAAGGAUGAGAAGUAA